AUGACUUCCUGGUUCCAGAUCCCCAAGAACUCACCAUUCUCUCUCGCUAACAUUCCAUUCGGCAUCAUAUCUGCCGAGUCCGCCCGUGUACCAGCUAUUGCUAUUGGCGAACAUGCCUUGAACCUGAAUGUUUUUGCAUCUUCCGGUGGUUUUGAACAAUUGCCCAUAGUCCAAAAACACCUCAGCGUUUUCAGUCAACCGACUUUGAAUGAUUUUGCUGCUCUGGGUCGCCCCGUACACCGCGAAGUACGCGAGUAUUUACAGAAUAUCUUCCGCGCCGACACAAAAUUUCCCCAGAUCCUGAAAGAAAAUGCAGCUCUACAAAAGUCUGCCAUAAUACCUUUGUCUGAGGUAACAAAUCAUGUUCCUAUGCAGAUUGGCGACUAUACCGAUUUCUACGCCGGUCUGAACCACGCCUAUAACAUUGGAGUACUUUUCCGCGGUCCGGACAAUGCAUUACAGCCUAACUAUAAGCAUCUUCCCGUCGCGUAUCAUGGCCGUGCCUCAUCCAUUGUACCAUCUGGCACAUCUUUGUACCGCCCACAAGGCCAAAUUCUGAUCGAUCCCGCCGCCAAUCCGAAAGUUCCUACUUUCUCUCCAUGCAAGAAACUCGACAUCGAGCUAGAGUUGGCAUGUUUCAUCAGCAAGCCGAACGAUUUAGGCAAGCCAGUCCCAAUUGGAGAGGCUGAAGAUCAUAUCUUUGGUCUAGUCCUGAUGAACGACUGGUCCGCCCGUGAUAUCCAAGCCUGGGAGUAUGUACCCUUAGGACCAUUCAAUGCCAAAAACUUCGGCACAACUAUCACUCCCUGGGUAGUCCUAAUUGAUGCACUUGAGCCAUUCCGUGCACUAGGUCUGGAGGACGGUAAUCGUGACUCUCUCCUUCCAUACCUACGUGAGAAACAGGCUGAAAACGCUUACGAUAUCCCGCUUGAGGUUGAGAUCACCAAUAAGGGUGGGGAGCCCACCCUGAUUUCUCGCAGCAAUGCGCGGAAUCUACUAUACUCAUUUCCACAAAUGGUGGCUCACCAUACUAUUACCGGUUGCAAUCUGAGAACUGGCGAUUUACUUGGUUCUGGUACCAUCUCUGGCACUGAAGCCAACACCGAGGGCAGCUUGCUGGAGCAGACUAAUGGUAAGAACCCUAUUAAAUUGGUAGAUGGGUCGGAGCGGCUGUUCCUGGAGGAUGGGGAUACAGUUGUUCUUCGUGGUGUUGCUGGUACGGAUGGUAGUUACGUUGGCUUUGGCGACUGCAUUGGUACCAUACUACCUCCAUUUUCACAAUAG